AUGGAUUAUACUACUUCUACUACUACUAUUACUACUACUACUACUAUUCAAAACAAUAAUAGUAAUGAUUAUUAUUAUUAUUACUAUUAUCACCGACCAACUGCCAUGUCGUCAUUUGUUAUGAACAACCAGUUAAAAUCAGCUUAUUGUCUAUUCAAUCAAGUAGCAACCAAUGAUGAUAAUGUUCCAAUGGAUUUAAGUAGAACCUCAUUAUUAUCAUCACCAUCAUUAAAUCACUAUGAUGAAUUGAAUACAACAGAAAACAUCUAUUAUGAUAAAUGUAUUGAUUCUCAGAAAAGUGAUGAACAUAAAUGUAUAGUGAAUGAAAGCAUUAUUAUGAAUAAAUAUUUUGAAAAUAACAAAUCGAAGGAAAAACCUAAUCGACUUAUGGAUACUACUCAUAAUCCCAUUAUAAGUAGCCAAAAACAAUCAUUAUCAUUUUGUCAAAAUUCACAAUUAAUCAACAAAGAAUUAUGUCAAACUUAUAAGAACUAUCAUGAGGAACAUCGAAAUACAUUGCCACUCUCAAAAAUAUCUAAUAAUAAUGGUGUUAAUAGUAAUAAUGAUCAUAAAUGUAGAUUUAUGAUACAGGAUAUACUUAAAUCUCGGGAUCAUCCAUCAUCUGCUAUAAAUGACGAUGAUAAUAUGAACAGUACAUCAGCGAUUCAGCUUGAAAAAUCAGUACACGACUCAAAAUCCUUUACUUCUCAUUCUAAUAUAAUAUUUUUCAAUAAAAAUAACAAUAAAUCUGUUAAAAAGAUAAGAAAUAAACCAACCUCCUUUUGUUUAAAAACAUCAACUACUGAAAUAUUUGAAAGUAGCAUAUCUUUAACAUCUAAAAAUAUGAAAUCCAUUUCACAUAUAGCAAAUAAUGAUAAAAAUAAUAACAAUAGUACAGUCAAUCAAAUAGAAAGAAUUCAAUCGUAUAUGGGGGAAGAACAAGAAAAUAAAAAAGAAGAUUCUGAAAAUGUGAAUGUCAGUGCACAAAACACUUCAAAACGUUACUCUCGUCAAUAUCGUUAUGAUUAUCAACGAUUUGUAGAAGAUGAGAAACAACAAAAUUGUUCAACAUGUAAUUUGAGUUUUUAUCAACCAGUAGAUUUUAUUAUACAUAUUCAAAAAGUUCAUCUUGGAUUAAAAAUGGCAAACAAUGAAAAUAAUUUAAUAAAACCUUUAAAAGAAUCCGUACAAUCAAAUAAAAGUCGUAUUCGUAAAUCUAAUAAAAUCCAUAGAAAUAUCAACGAUACUGAUGAUAUCAAUAGAGUUACUAAUUGUGAUGAUAAUAACCAUACAAAAGAUUAAAUAAGAAAUAACGAUGAUGGUAUUGAUUAUCCUUUAUCAUUGAAAUCAACAAGAAAAAGAUCUUACCAAUCUGUAAAGACCGUGGGGUAUGAUUGAUGCAAGUACGAUAUGUAUACAUAAAGUGUUCUUUGUUGUCAUCAGAAUAAUAUAAAUAUAUAUAUG